AUGGAGGCUGGUCAAGAGGAAGCAACCGAGUCGCCCCGGAAGGCCAAUACACGCGGCCUGGCCCUGCCCCUUUUCACUGAUCUCAGUACAAAGUGGGAACUCGACGACUUGGGCCCGCUCAUGUAUAACGCCAGCAUUUUUUACAUGAAGCCAAGCCCCCAUUAUGAUAAUGAGAAGCCUUACUUCUUCAACAUCCCUAUCGACGAUGCAUGGCUCCCUAAAGUCAAGCAGACCAACGUCAGUUAUACGCGGAAGACCGUCGCUAUAGCGGAUGUUCGUGGCCAUCAGGAACUAUUCUCGUUGGACAAGCAUGGAUUCCAGCUGGAAACCCUUCAUACGUCGCUCUCAUACCAUGCCUUUGCAUCGACUGAUGCCGUUGUCACCCGAUACUACGAAGAGGUAAAGGAAUUCCUGAAACAAUGCACCGGAGCGGUGGAUGUGCUCCCGUUCGACUUCCAGGUCCGUCGCAAAGACCCUACCCUCCCUGUCGGAUCCAGAGGUUCUCCCGGAAAUGCUCAACCAUUUGCCGCGAUUCAUGGUGACCAGACAAGCAGCGCUGCCUUCAGACGUUUGAAGCACUUUCAUCCCGAAUUUGCCAAUAAAUAUGCCGACGCUCGGUUCCAGAUAGUCAACGUUUGGAAGCCAUUGCGAGGCCCGGUCUGCGACUCUCCUCUGGCUGUCUGCGACUACCGAACCGUCAACGACGACGACCGAUUGCACCCCAUGUUUCAUUCCCCUACGGACGGCUGGAAGAUAACGCGCCCCGAAGAGAGAGCGUGGAAGUGA